GGCUGCGACAAGCAUUCGUGAAGAGCUUGUCUGUAGCUCGUGCGGCUUGCAAGCAGGCAGAUUGGGGUCGUCUGCUGAUCUUUGAGGCAGCAUUUGGACUCCUGCUCGAGUUUGCAUAGGCAGGGUACGCAUUGAGCAGCAGUUCGGGCAGCAGUGCAGGCAGCAGCAGGCUCUCGAGCUCCUCUAAGCUCGCUCUUGCCGUCGUGAGGAGUGCCCUUUGCAUCCGCCAGCGGAGCAAGCGCAGUGACUGCUUCGCUGACCGAGUCCGAGUCGACUCUCGCUCGCUACUCCUCGCGACGCACUGCACCGUCACCGGCGUCACCCUCUCUCCACCCAUCUCGGCGAUGCAGAGCGUCAGUCCGGCCUCAUGCAGUGCCCCUCUUGCGAUAGACACGAUCGUAGCAGGCUCCUCUGCUCAUCCUGCCUCACAGCCAAGCUUUCGUCCUACAGGCUCCACCUCAAGCAGAGCAGGGCAGCCAUAGUGACUGCACAGGCUCGGGCAGAUGCCGCCUACGCAUCGAGCAGCUUGCCCGUCGUACGACACGCUCAGGCAAGAGCGAGCGCACUGGCCGACACCGUCAGGCAAUGUCAGCAGCGCAGCAAGGUCCUCCGAGAUCGAGUCGACGAUCUGCAAACACAAGUUCAGGCGCGCAGAGCGGCCUUGAGCCAUCGCAGACAGGUAUUAGCAACAGCAGCGCAACGACGAGCAGAUUUGUGCGCAGAACAAGAGCGUGCAAUGAGCGCACAAGAGCUCAGAUUGCGUGAUCGAUGGCAGACGGAUGCGGAGGAGAUUGCGAGCCACCGCAGAGCGCUCCUUCGCACCGUUCUACUCGUCUUUGAUCUCGACGAGCGCGCCAUCGUCGGCCUCGCCUUGCCAUCGUCUGCCAUCACGACGGGCGUCUCAGCAACGGCGUUGCAGGACAAGGAUGCGAUCAAUGCUGCACUGCUCUAUACAGCCCAUGCUGUUCGCCUCAUCGCCAUGUAUCUCGGCAUCAGGCUGCCCUAUCGCGUCAAUUUGGGGCCGAAGCCCUUCAUCCGGCCAAGCAGGGCGGCAGAAUCAGACCCUGCCCACAAACGACAGGCGCUCUAUCUCGCGUCCUCUGCAGCAGCAGUGACGCCUGAUGACGAUUUGCAACGAAGUCCCAGCGCUAGUCGACUACCAUUUUUGAAGGCAAAGCCGGCCAGUCUCGCGAAAGAAAGCAGACCUGCUCGAGCAGAGAGCUAUAACCAGCUCGCGCCCGCUCUUGCCAUGCUAGCAUACGAUAUCCUCUUUCUCGCGAAUAGCCAAGCGAUCGACGUGCUGCCAGAAUCGCACGACGCUAUACUCUCCAAUCUGGCCCGCCUUUGCACGGACGAAAGCAAGACCCUCGGACAUCCUUCACACGCGACUCUUUCUUCUUACUUGCACGUCAGCGAGCAUCCUCGUGUCACUUACUCGAGCGUCCUCUCACUCUUCCUGCCAACCGUCGAGACGGCCGCUGCCACUGCACAAGCUGGUCGUGAGACUGGUCGUGACCUGGCGCACAAUGACCGAUCGGAGGACGAAUGGGACCUCGUCGAGGUUCGCAAGGAGAGACCCAUGCCUACACGACGUGCCACAGACCCAAAGCCCGCGGCGGAUGUCGAGAAGCGCGGCUCCGCCGAACGACGGCAUCAUCACUCAGUCGAGCACGCGCUCAGCCCAGUGUUGCAAGGAGCUUUACGGCGCUCACAGGCCAAGCUGAAUGCGCAAACCAAGUAGGGCGCCGGCCAGUGAUACUAUCGUACAACUAGAUGGACGAGACUGCCAAUACGCGUAGACGACAACAACAUGUUGUGAGUGUAGAUGUAAAUGCCCGUCUAAACAAUGUCUGUCGUUGUCCAGCCGCUGCCAAACAGAGGUGACCAGAUCAGCGCUUCGAUAACGAUCGCAGCCCGCCAAGUCAGAUCUGCAAGAAGGACACGAUAGCGUUCAAUUGUGGCGAUCAGGUGAUUGGCAAUGCUCCUGCCCAGGAUCGGUGUGAUUACUGGGAUGAUGAUGGAGCUGAAAAGAUAGACGGGCAGGUGAAAGAAGAGGAAGAGCGGCACAAAGGUAAGCUUGAAAAGCGCAAUACCCAGUCUUCUUCGCCGCCAUUGCCAGCGCUGGCUCGUAUGAUGAUAAUCUGGCGGAAUCGCGUACGGCU